AUGAAGCAAGUGGAGCACACUAAUGACGAACGACGGAUGCUCAAGUUGGCUCAACACCCAUUCAUUAUCCGGAUGUGGGGAACUUUUCAAGAUUGUCACAACUUGUUCAUGAUUAUGGACUACAUAGAAGGUGGUGAGCUUUUUCUGCUUUUACGCAAACUGCAGCGGUUUCCCACCCCAGUGGCCAAGUUCUACGCUGCCGAGGUGUUUUUGGCUAUUGAAUACUUGCACAACCUCAACAUUAUUUAUCGGGACCUAAAACCGGAGAAUAUUUUACUCGACAAAAACGGUCAUAUCAAAUUAACCGAUUUUGGAUUUGCCAAAGAAGUCACGGACGUUACUUAUACAUUGUGUGGUACCCCCGAUUACAUCGCCCCGGAAGUGGUGGCUACAAAACCAUACAAUAAGCUGGUUGAUUGGUGGAGUUUUGGCAUUCUUAUAUUCGAGAUGUUAACGGGAUACACGCCUUUCUACGAUCCCACACCAAUGAAAACUUAUGAGAACAUUUUGAAUGGAACCAUCACGUACCCCGAUUACUUGCCACCAGACAUUUUAGAUUUAUUACAGAAAUUGAUUGUCAAAGAUUUGAGUCAGCGACUUGGGAACUUGCAAGGAGGACUGGAUGACGUUAAAAAUCACCCCUGGUUUAAGGAAGUAAUUUGGGAGCGGCUUCUUUCUCGAGACAUUGAAACUCCCUAUGAACCUCCGAUUACGCUGGGGGUAGGCGACACAUCACAAUUUGAUCGGUACCCUGAAGACAAAGACUUGGAUUACGGCAUCAGCGGCGUCGACGACCCUUACGGAAACCUUUUUAAUGACUUUUAG